AUGCUCGAAUUCGGGCAUAUAAAGACGCACGAAGAACUUCGCAUUAGGGAAGAGAUCGACAGCCAGCUUCUCCAAGCGAUUGAGCAGUCAAACAUCUCAAUUCCAAUCUUUUCUAAAGGAUAUGCCGAUAGUCCAUGGUGCCUUAAGGAGUUGGUCAAGAUGGUGGAGAGCAAUAAUACAAGGAAACAUAAGAUCAUGCCCAUAUUCUACGAUGUUGCACCAUCUGAGAAGCGGUUCGAUGCUGAGACUAUCAACAAGUGGAAGGCUGCCCUCAAUGAUGUUGGAGCACUAAAGGGAUGGAACCUCCACAACAAUCCAAACAGAGGCAAAGGUGAAUUUGUGAAAGAAGUUGUCAAUAACGUUUUGACUGAGUUCAAAAGCGUAUACUUGGAAGUAUCUGAUUGCUUGGUCGAAGUAGACAAUUUUGUGGAUGAAAUCAUGAGUAUGAUAGGUUCCCACAACCAUGAAACAAAGAUCAUUGGAAUUCUUGGCAUUGGUGGUGUGGGAAAGACAACUCUUGCCAAGAUAGCGUAUAAUAAACUUUCUAAUGAUUUUGCUGAUUGUUGCUUCCUUUCCAACAUCCAAGAAGCAAAGAUGACGCGCUUGCAGAAUCAACUCAUAUCUGACAUCCUUAAAAAUAAAUGGACCCGUAUUGAUAAUAUAAUGGAGGGGACAAAGGUGGUCAAGGAAAGCAAACAUGCGUUUAGAAGAGGUUAUCCCUUAGAGCAAUACAUCUCUCACUCUAAAAGAGCACUAAAUAUAUGCGGUGGUCUUCCUUUAGCUCUCGAGCAAAGAUCCUGGAUAAAGAUCAGAGUAGAUAACCAACUGUGGAUGCACGAUUGGUUAAGGGAUAUUGGAAGAAAUUCCAUACAACAAGGAAGCGGGAGGAAACCAGAGAAGCAACAAUGGGUGUGGACUCAAGCACAAGCAUUGGAGAUUCUGGAGAAAAUUCAGAUGGGAGGCGUUGUUCAUGGAAUUGGAUGUAUUGAAGCAAUAUGUCUUAAGCUUGAGAAGCUAUCUCAAUACUCCUUGAUAAAAGAAUGCCUACCAAGUCUUUUAAAUGUGAGGUUCCUCCAAGUGGAUAGCGAAGACUUCAAUGGGAACACAUACUCCAUCCCUACUCCCGUGGGUUGUUUUCUGUACUACCAUUGGUCAAAUCUCCAUGAAACCACAUUUGGCCCAUUUAUCCUUCCAGAGUUGAGAUGGCUUUCAUGGCAUUACUUGCCUACGGCUUUCAAAUUGACUCAUUUUUCCCUGAGGAAGCUGGUAAUCCUUGAUUUCUCAAGGAGUAGAAUCACAGAAAAAUGGGAUGGAUGGAGCCACAUCAAGUUGGCUAACGAUUUGAAGGUCCUAAACCUCACUGAAUGCGAAAAAUUGCGAAAAACUCCGGACUUGUCCCCUCAUGUCAAUUUAGAGCGGCUGAUUCUCGAAGGAUGUAAGAGUUUGGUUCACAUUGAUCCAUCCAUCGGUCACCUUAAAAGGUUGGUCUUCUUAAGUUUGAAGGAUUGUUUUUGUCUCUGCAAGUUACCUGACGAGAUGGGCGAACUGGAAUCAUUAAGGGAACUUCUUUUGGACUCUACAUCUAUAAAAGAGAUCCCUGAAUGGAGAAAGAUGAAGAAACUGGAAAUUCUCAGCUUGUUUUCAUGUCUAUCAUUGGAAAAAUUCAGUUUCGUUGGUUGCACAGCAUCAGCAGCGGAGCCUAAGUCGAUCGAAAAUCUCAAUUCACUGAUUGAGUUGUAUAUAUUGGAAACGAGGAAAAUUGAGAAGUUACCUGAAUCCAUUGGGAGCAUGAAGAAUUUGAAAGUUCUAAAGUUAAAGUACUGCCUUAUAAGAAAACUACCUAGCGCCAUUGGAAUGAUGGAGAAGCUCGAACAGCUAGAGGCGGGGGAUGUUGUUCUUGAAGAAAUUCCCGAUCAUAUUGGGAAGUUACAAUUUUUGAGAAUCUUGAAAUUGCAACCCACAAGAAUUUCGGCAUUGCCUCAGCUUCCAGAAAGUCUCAUCACUCUAAGUUUUCAUUCGUACUCAAUGAAGAUGUUGCCAGACCUCUCGAACCUAUUGAGUUUGAGAACAUUGAGUUUGCACUUGGAUCGGCAGCCCAAAGAUCCUCCUAAACUUGAAGAAGCUCCAAGUGGUUGGUGGAUUGGAAGAUUACGCAUGCUCGAGGAAUUGGACUUGGCUAGUCUUGAUAUCACCUCCCUAUCGUCCGAUAUCGUUUUCCUUUCUCAGCUGAAGCGACUCAAGCUCGGCUGCGAUAAUUUGCAAUGCCUACCUAGACUUCCGCCAAAUUUGUCAUCUUUAUUGAUCCAGCGGAGUUCAAGUUUGAAGACAACGGGGGAUCUUUCAUAUUUGAAAUCGCUAUCGGAUUUGACAAUUAGGAGGUGUGACCAGCUAACGGAGAUUCAAGGCCUUGAAGGUUUGGAGAAUUUGAUAUCAUUGGAGCUCGAUGAGCUUCCAUCAUCGGCGGAGUUGCCUGAUUUGACUAACUUGAAGAAGCUCAAGAAAAUUCAUCUAAAGUACUAUAGAAAGCUGCCUGAGAUUCGAGGCAUUCCGAAAUCGCUGGAGAUGCUUGAAAUUGGGGACUGUUCAAAACUGCAAAUGUUGCCUGAUCUGUCUAACUUGAAGAAGCUCAAGACAAUUCAUCUAUGGGACUGUGAUGAGCUGUUUGAGCUUCGAGGCGUUCCGGAAUCAUUGCAGAUACUUGAAAUUGGCAGGGCUUCGGUGGGGGCUGCUUGGGGUUCCGACGGCAUCGGGGCUUCGUGGGACUGUCAGUGGAGGUCUGAAAGGGUGUUUGGGAGUGUGUGGUGGUCAGAGGUGGGCGGAGAAGUGAGUUGGAGGCGGCACAAGGCGCUGGUCCGAAGCAGAGCAGGGGAGGAAGCAGAGUCGGGGGCAAAGCAGAGGCUGUCCGUGGCUUUUCUCCACUGUUCCAAGCUCCGAAUGGCUGAGACGACGAUGGGGACGGCUGGUGGAGGUCCGAGGGAAGUCGAGGGAAGUGGCUGGCAGCUUGUGGAGACAGGAGCAGCAGCCGUGAGUUGCAAACAAAAGCAGAUCCGGAGCAGCUGCAGCAAAGGCCGGACAGGGCAGGUUGACUUCUCUGGCUAA